AUGGACGGCGUCUCUGGCAUCACUCAGUGCCCAAUAGUCCCUGGGGAAAGCUUCACAUACCGAUGGAAGGCCUCCACCUAUGGCUCAAGUUGGUGGCACGGCCAUCAUGCACUCCAAUACGCCGGAGGGCUAUGGGGGCCAAUCAUUAUUCACGGUCCAACAUUCGUCGAUUACGAUAUUGAUCUCGGCCCCAUCAUGCUUUCCGACUUCUACCACCGAGAUUACGAAGGCAUCGCAGAGGGCGCCAUCUCGACUAGUACUGAUGAAAACGUCACAGUCCCACAUUCGGCCAACCAGCUCAUCAACGGCAUGAAUCCGUACGAUUGUUCUCUGUCGCCCUACCAGUUUCCCUCUAUCACCGACGCCACAUGCCACGACAAUGCUCCUAAGCCACAGUUUAUGUUCCAGACUGGCAAGACCCACAAGCUGCGCCUCAUCAACACCGGUGCCCAGGCCAUCCAAGUCUUUUCGAUUGACAACCACAAGCUUAUUGUGACAACGAUGGACUGGACGCCUGUAGAACCAUACGAGGUCGAUUACAUCGCUCUCGGUGUAGGUGGCAGAGCUGAGGUGCUCGUCAAGGCUACCGGUGACCCCACCUCUGCGUAUGCCAUGCGCAUGAGAUCGCGAUGUGCGACCACAUACGUCAACGAGACUAUCGCGACUAUUUUCUAUGACCAGGCUUCGCCAACCGCUGUACCCGUUCCCGCUGCACUUGAAAUUCCUUAUGCGCUUACCAACUCAUCUUGUGGCCAUGUGAAGCCGCUCUUCAGAAAGCGCGUCGCGAAGCCUGAAAUGACCGUCUUCUACAAUGUGUCUUACAAGACAAAUGCAACCGGCAACUGGUUGUGGCUGAUGAACAACGUUUCCUUCCAAGCAGACUGGAGUCGACCUCUCUUACUGGAGGCAGCCGACGGGAAGACGGACUAUCUCUCCCAACCGCAGCACAUCCUCACAACUGUGCCUGAUGAUGUACGCCACGUUCGAGUCAUUGUUCAAAACACAUUCUCCAUCCACCCUAUGCAUAUCCAUGGGGGCAACUUCCAAAUCCUCGCCGAGGGCGACGGUAUUUGGAACGGCUCCAUCACCAACAAGAAGAACCCAGCUCGCUCCGAUACGGAGCUUCUUCGUCGAAACGGCCAUCUUGUUGUUCAAUUCGACACGAAGAACCCCGGUACCUGGAGUUUUCACUGUCAUACUGCUUGGCAUGCCAGCCCAGGUCUUAUUGCCAACUUCCUGGUGAAGCCCAAGGCGGUACAGGAGUACGACAUUCCAACGGCUGUCCGAGAUGGAUGCGUGGCUUGGAACAAGUAUCAAAGCUCCGGGGGAGAAAAUGCUUUGCCGUUUGACAGUGGACUCCGGAAGAAAUCUUUGUCAUGA